AUCUAUCCAAGAAAAAUGUCGACCAACAAUGGCCAUCCUCAAGUACCCGGAGAGCCAACUGACACCACCACUUCUGUCCUUGAGACAGUCACAUCUACUAUCCAAGGUUUUGGUCCCAUCAACAAAAUCCACCAACACCUUUGCGCGUUCCACUUUUACUCUCACGACAUGACAAGGCAAGUGGAGGCACACCACUAUUGCGGACACCAAAACGAGGAGAUGAGGCAGUGUCUUAUCUACGACAGCCCAGAUAAGAAUGCAAGGCUUAUAGGUCUCGAGUAUAUCAUCUCCGAGGAUCUUUUCUUGACUCUUCCCGACGAAGAGAAGCGUCUCUGGCAUUCACAUUUGUACGAGGUAAAGAGUGGUUUUUUGUUCAUGCCAAAUGUCCCUAAACCUAUUGAACACAAAGACAUGGAGAAAGUUUGCAAGACUUAUGGUAAAGUGUACCAUUUCUGGCAAGUUGAUAGAGGUGAUGAACUUCCACUUGGGAUACCUCAACUCAUGAUGGCUCUUACUAGAGAUGGCCAAGUUUAUGAUCAUCUUGUUCAAGGGGUUGUGGAGCGUAUGGGUGUAGAUUUUGAGAAGGAGAGAAAUAAUAGGGCUUAUAUGACAGGACCAAAACAUGGGAUUCAUGCAUUGGCUAAUGGUGGAGGUAAGGGCAUUGAGACAAGACUCAGAGAGGUUGAGCUUAACCAUGAAUCACCUCCCCCUUAUGCCACAAGAGUCUUUGUUUGA